GUCCGAGCCUGCCUGGGGCUACAUUUAUUAUGAACCCGAUUUCCAUAUCGCCCCAUUGCGGGUGCCGUACUGUUAUCACUUGAUUGACUCCAACUGUAUCCAGCGAAAAACUUUUCGACCAGGCAGAAUCAUUGAC